AUGCUCGCGCGAGAACCCGCGUUUUCUCGCGCUCGUCCCGUUCUCGCACUUCGUACGAAGAAAUCGUGAAGCCACGAGAUAUCGGCUAUUAUUAUCGUUCAGUGAGAUAGCCACAAGUCAACGCAAUCGUCACCAAUAACAGUGCCAUAUUUAAUCUGUACGGAUUUUCGACUCGUGAAACGAUCGUGAAAAAAAAAUAAUACGCGACAACUGACGCUGUUAAAUAUGGCACUGUUAUCGUUUCUUGCUCAAAAUCAGAGUAGUGAUUCGAAUUUUUGUUAUGUAUAAAUCACUAGCGAUAUCAAACUACACUCUGAAAGAUUCGAUUUAUUCGCAAAAUAUCUACAUACACACAGAAAAAUACAUACUGCAUUCAAAGGUAACUUGUUUUAAGUAUUUCCAAAAUUUGUAUAUCCGCAAAUCUAUCAUACGUUCAUUUCAUAAACAUCAAAUUUACUCAAAACACAUUCUUAGUUCUAAUAGUCGAACCAACUUUUUCUUCAACAAAGUUUUAUAAUAUUCUUGUCAAAAGAAUGAGUUCUUCUUUUGAGUACAUGACAAUAAGCUUUUAUUAAAUUUAUGCUAAAUAUAUUUUAAGAGUAAUGAAUCCCGGACCAUCAAAUCUCCAAAAUCGAAUCAUAAGACGUCUUUAGGACAUCUUUAAGAUAAUACCUUGUACAUGUCUUAAAGAUGUCUUGAAGAUUUCUUAAAGACGUCUUAUGACCCGAUUUUAAACAUUGUGCUGUCUGGGAGUAUUUUAUUGACAAGAAUUUUGGGAUCAAUCAUUAAAGAAUGUUUUCAUAAGUGCUGAGAGUAAAGAUUAUAUCUAUGAAUUUAUUAGAAUUUUAGAAAUUUAGUUUUUUGUCUAUUACUCUAUAUUAUAUUUUUGUUACUUUAAAGAUUUAGUUACUUUCACGGAACUAUUCCAGAAGUACCAAAAUGAUAAUUAAAAUUUAUUUCGUUUAGAAAACGGUGAUUAAAGCACAGUCAUUAAUCGCAAUAUGCGCAUAGGAAUUCAGAAAUCCGAGUACAACUUGCGAAGAGAUCAGUAGAGAAGGAUUCAAAAGUAAAAUAGCACUCUACCGAUGUGAUAAAUGGCUCAGAUCGAAAUUUUAAUCAUCAUUUUGACACUUCUAGAAUAAUGUCAUAGUUCCGUAAAGGCCUUUAAUAUAUUUUAAUUAGCACGUUAUCUCAAGAAAAUAUUCUUUGCUGAAGAUAAUCGUAACUCAAAAGAAGAAAAUAAACUAUAUAAUCACUUUCUUUAGCAGCAGAAUGAUAUUUUCCUGUGUGCAGGCACACGAUACCUUUCGGGGCAGAGGAGGGGGGAGGGAGAAAGUGUCACUUCCCGUUCAAGUUCAAUUCAGUCUCACAUUUUUUAUUCAUAAUUAGACAUGCUUCCCUUUGUAACUAACUAUAUUUUUUAUUCGCAAAGAUGUCGUAGCGCGUAUGCGUGCAUCUCUCUUUGACAACACGGAUUAGUUUCCAUCCACCAUCACAAAAAAAUACCCGGACGCUCUUUUUUUACUUUAGCAAUAAAUAAAUAACCGUAAAAACUUAACGUAGCAUAAAUCAUAAGAUAUGUUUAAAACGUAAGUUGCAAAUUACUCUAAUUUUCGGCUAUUUAUUGAAUGUUGAAAAGGAGAAAUGAUCUAGACAUUUUUAUAAAUGCACUGAAUCAAUUACGAAUGUCAUUUUUUGCGUAUUUUAUUUUUGUUUACGUAUAGAGGAGACUGAAAUUAUAUGGCUCCAGAGAUAUGUUGCCUAUGUAGUGUUUUGAAUAUUUAUCUUCAGAGGAAUAGUGGGUAUAAAAUCGAAAUGAUCCUUUUAAAACAUAAAUACUUCUCUCUGAGUUUCAUUAAAAUCGGAAUAAUAUUACAGUUAAGAGAUAGUUGAGAUGUUGAAAGAAAGACAUCGAUAUAUUAUAUCAGUAGCAUCACAACAUUCAUAUAACGAUACGUUACUUAUUAUCACUCAUCCGUUCAAUCGACUCCGCAACGACUUCGAGUUGGCUUCCUCUAUCAAAUUCAACUCAAUCACCGGUUAACACUGUCUGCCUGCAUUGCCUCGAAGUCCACGACUAGAUCAACUCGUUAGUCGAUGACGCCAACGGCACGGGGAAGGCCCGGCUGUCGCUAUGCUGUCGCGUCGGUACGUUCCUCACCGGGAACGACUGCGUGCAAAGCGCGAACGAGACGGAAGCGACGCUGCCGCUGGUCUACGAGGUCGACCUUGCGCCGACGAACAUCACCGCGAGCGACGAGCACUUCUCCAUCCUGGUGUAGAAUCUAUGUGCCGGAGGUAACCGGUACGGCCUGAAUUUGCAUCUGUACGAGGACGAGUAAUAGUAUUCUGUCGAACGACUCCGUGUACUCGCCCCGAGGCGAUAGACGAGGAUCGUCUCCUGAGCUACGAUUAGUACUGCUUGGCUAGAGUACGGAACUACGAUUACCCGGAGUAUCUGGCGUUCUUCUGCGAAGAGGCGUAUCCGGACGAUGAGGACAACGAGAUCGUCUACUCGUACGGAAUGAUCACCUCGGUGCCGUUCCUGGUCGCCACGUUCAUCGUCUACUGGCUGCUACCUGAGAUGAGGAACAUACACGGCCUGACGUUGCGCGGAUACAUCGGCUGCCUGUCGGUGGCGUACGUCAUGCUGACGAUGGUGCAACUGAUGCUGCAGGAUUAGCUUUCAUACGAUGGCUGCAUCGCAAUCGGAACUGUUGUAGAAAGAAGCCAACUCAAUUCAGUUUCUUCCUUCCCGCGUACGCGGUAGAAGACCGAGGAUGUGUCGGCUAAAUCCCAUCAUAUGGUGCGCGCUUCUGCUGGUGGUCGCCUACGCGGCGGAAAAUCAGAGCAAUUCCAUUUAUGCAGACAAGCAGCAGGAUGACAUGGUGCACUAUGAGCUUCACGUCAACCUCACUACCAGGUGGGACCACGACGAGAAUUCCACGAGGGACGACGAGGACUCGGUACAGCAUGAGUUUUACAGCAACUACACGAAGAACCUCGAUGAGAAGGGCAGUCAGAAUGUGCCGGCCGAGCUUCGCGACAAUUCCACAGAGAUCAAUGACGGAGACAACUCUACCACGUCGCAGCUUCGCCCAGGAAGCAAUUCGAACGAAACGAAUUCCAACAUCUGCAAUGACACAGUCUGUAUACCAAUUUGUUGCGAACUCGGCUAUCGUAUGAUCAGAGGCAUAUGCACGCCCGAUGACAGUGAAUAUGAUUUCCCGGAGGUACACGAGAUAGGCAAGAAAGUGGACGAGGUUUUUCCAUUGUUCGUGUCAGAUCCAUGUACCAAUGGACACUACUUGCUCAAUUCCUCCUUAUAUCCCGACGACGAGUACAUAAUUAUGACCAACGGUUCUGUGUACCAAACGCUAUUGAACAGCUUCAUUGAUCCGACAACUUACUGCUUCGCUGUUGUCAUGAAUAAGAGCAAAUACGAGCUGACUAUGUGCUUCGAUACUGCAAAUACGACCGUCGAGGAGGACGUGGAUUUCACCGGUAUCAUUAUCUUAGACAUCGGUAUCUUCGUGUCCUUGCCGUUCCUGCUGUUGACCUUCGUGGUGUACACCAUACUGCCGGAGCUCUGGAACAUGUAUGGCUACAUACUUCGCGGAUACAUCGGCUCGUUAUUCCUCGCGUACAUAUUACUCGUGCCGUUCCAGAUGAUGUCGCCUGACGGUUUGUCGGAUGCAGUCUGCAUUGGAUCGGCCUUCGUCCUUUACUUCUUGUUACAGGCAAACGUAUUCUGGCUGAACGUGAUGUGCUUCGACAUUUGGUGGAUGUUUGGCGGAUUCCGCUCGUUACAAGGAAGUGCGAAGCAACGGGAGAAAAGUGUGAAGCAACAGGAGAAAAAGAAGUUCAUCAUGUAUUCGAUUUACGCGUGGGGUUGCCCCUUCAUCCUUACUAUCAUCUGUCUCAUUAUGGAUUUCGUCCCCGAUAUAUCGAAAACUUUAAUCAGACCGGAGUUUGGCAACGUGAGAUGUUGGUUCGCGACGGAUGUUGCAAGGGGCUUGUAUUUUUUCCUACCCAUGAGUAUCACUCUUAUUUGCAACAUCUUCUUGUUCAUUUUCACGGCGUUGGAGAUCGUACGGCACAAGAAGAACACGACUCAUCAGCUGAAAAGCUCGGAAAGCAGACGUCACGAUGACGACAAGCAAUGGUUCAACCUGUAUCUGAAGUUGUUCAUCGUGAUGGGCGUAAACUGGUCCACGGAGACAAUAUCGUGGGUGUUCAAGAGCGCGCCGCGAGCCAUCUGGUACAUCUGCCAUCUGACGAGCACUCUGCACGGUCUCAUCAUCUUCAUUGUAUUCGUGUGGAAAGACAAGAUCAGGAAGCUACUAUUAAAAAGAUUUGGCUGUCAGGAAUAUUCUCCAGAAACUGAACGCGCAGUGGUUGCCACAACAUAACCUCGCGCACCAUCACAACGGGGGUGUCACUUUAGGAGAAGGUCAACCCCUACGUACAGAAUUCGAACUGCCACGCGAAGAAUUCGUCCGACGAGAAUUCGACCGACUGUCCUAAUGUGUAAUGCGAGGAGAGAAUUCCUUUCGUGCAGAAUCAUUGCAGUCAGUAGCCUACAAUAUACUUGAUGGUGCCGUAAUGUAAUUUAUCGUGCCCCGUAUUGCUGGGGCGCGAGAGAGAAAGAUUCGAGAUCAAUAUUGCGGGCGCGGCAGGGUGUGUGGCGGUGGGACGACCAACGAUUGUAGUCGUUAGCGUAAUAAAAUAACCUUGAUUGUAAAAAAGUAUUUAGUUUAUUUAUUAACUCUCGAAACUUAGGGUUACACGCGGGAGAUGCGACAGAUACACACGUCGCGGGCGAGAGACCGGAGGAAGAAUUCUGUCGCGGGCAGUCUUCUCCGCUCUUUUAUAAUAUUGCUUAGCCUUAUCGGAGGGGGUGCUUUGGCAACAAGGAAGUUGUCAAAUUUGAUGAUAGCCCGGCGCAUUCCGGGUCAAAGUCCGAGGCGCGGAAUAUACAAGGUGGUGCUUAGCGCAGCACUUGCACAUCCUCUUCCUCGUUGUAGCGCGGUCGAAACGAUUCUUCAUAAAGCGUUUCGGCAGCGCUAAUAAUAUUCACGAUUAUAACAAAUUUUACAGUCAAAGCUAAAUUUUAUAUUAUUGCGCGUUGAUCUUUUUCUUUUUCACUUUAUACAGGGUAUCUGGCGACACAACACUAAUAGCACAACACUCGCGUUGCUAAAGCGCCUCGUAAAAAAAUACAUUAGUUUAGAUAAGUGCCUUUUGAGGUAAAUGAACUUUUAUAUUAAAUAUCGAACAAUAUUUUGUUUGUUGUAACGUUAUUUUCGUAAAACUAUUUUAUAUUAUUUGCAGAGUUGAGAAAUAACUCGUUACUUGUAACGUUAUUAUUGUUACCGUUAUCGUUUUUCCGAUAACGGUAACAAUAAUAUAAAUCGUUAAUAUAACAGUAACAAUAAUAUAAAUCGUUACCCUUUUUUAUGACGUAAGAAGCGAGAAAAUGCAUGUUAAUAAUUCUUGUGAAAUACGUUGAAAUAAAAAGAUAUAUGUAUAAAGUGACACUUGCAAUCGAUUAAAUAAAUCUGUGAAAUAUUCCGUACAUUCCUCUUUUGCU